CCAGCAGAAACCUUAGGCAACCAGUCAAUUAGCUAAUUUAAAUAUUUUGGGGAAAAUCAGAUUGUAUAUUACAAAAUUAUUGUGCGAGAUGUCAAAAGGAAAAUGCAAAAAAUGCGAAGAAAAAUGCGGAAAAGGCAAGGCUAGUCCCGAAGUAUUAAGUCAAUUGGAACUGGGAUACGAAAAACUAUUCAAAUCCGAUUCUCCUUCCAUGUUAAAGAGAUUUUUAAUAAAGGAGAUGUUUGAUAAGUUAAAAUUUAAGAAAACUAGCUUUGGGUCUACGCUGUUAGAUUGCAUACAGUCAGGUUUAGAAAAUCUGGAUUCUGGCAUCGGAGUUUACGCCGCCGAUCCCGAAUGCUACUCGGUAUUCGCCGAUCUAUUUGAUCAAAUCAUCCAAGAAUACCACACUUUCAGUCCAAGCGCACGCCAACCGCCCACCGACUGGGGACCGUCCAAUGCCUUCGGAAACCUGGACCCCACAGGCCAAUUCGUAGUGUCCACCAGAGUGCGUUGCUGUCGAACACUGAAGGGCUUUCCCCUGAAUCCCUGCAUGACCGAAGACCAUUACAAAGAAAUAGAGAACCUGAUGCAGCCCACUUUCAGUAAUCUAUCGGGGGAAUUGAAGGGAACGUAUAAUCCCUUAGUUGGAAUGCCCAAAGACGUUCAGCAGAAGCUCAUAGAUGAUCAUUAUCUGUUCAAGGAAGGUGAUAGGUUUCUGCAAGCGGCGAACGCGUGUCGAUUCUGGCCCACUGGUAGAGGAAUCUAUUUUAACGCUAAGAAGUCGUUCUUGGUGUGGAUCUGCGAGGAGGACCAUUUGAGGAUCAUGAGUAUGCAGCCGGGAGGUAACGUCGGUGAGGUGUUCGGUAGAAUGGUGAAUGGGGUAAAGGAGAUCCAGAAAAAUAACGAGUUUGUUGCUAGCGAUAGAUUUGGAUAUCUGACGUUCUGUCCAACUAAUCUAGGUACUACAAUUAGAGCAUCUGUUCAUAUCAAAGUACCAAAACUGGCCGGUGACAUGACCAAGUUUAAAGAUUUAGCUGAUAAGUACCACCUUCAAAUUAGAGGUGCCGCAGGUGAACAUAGUGAAUCCAAAGACGGAGUCUACGAUUUGUCCAAUAAAAGAAGAUUGGGUCUGACCGAGUACCAGUGUAUGAAGGAAAUGUAUGACGGUAUCACUGAAAUUAUCAAAGCCGAAAAAGCCAAGAAAUAAAUAAUAUUAUUUUAUGUGUUUAUAGUGUUCAAUUGUUUAUUCAGUAGUAAUUUAUUUUUUAUACGUUAAUCUUAUUUGCUAUUAAUAGCAAGCUGAUAAUUAUUAAAAUUAUAACAAUUUCCGAUGACAGCAAUCAAUCUUUCUAAGACAAAGUUCUUUCAAUCUGAUUUGAUAUUAUGACAAUAAAUUAUAGUAUCAAUCUAUAUAA